AUGGCCAAUUCCGGGCCAAGGGACCGCCGGUUCCUUCCCCUGAGAACUCGACGGGUAUGCAAGAAGUCGGCGAAAUGGAGGGAUUGGUCAUGGGGAAGUAUCGCCCGUGACUGCCCCAGCAAGGGUGCGGCUAAGUGCUACAACUGCGGCGGUGAGGGUCACAUAGCCCGUAACUGCCCCAAGGGCAACUCUUAUGGCGGCGGUUUCAACUCUGGCUACGGUGGCGGCGGCUACGGCCCGCAGAAGACUUGCUACUCGUGCGGCGGCAUCGGCCAUCUGUCUCUGCUACAACUGCGGCGUCUCGGGCCACCUGUCGCGUGA